AUGGCUACCGAUGGGGGAAGGCAGCAGCGGCGUGGGGGGUUCAAAUCAAAGCCCCGGAAGUGGAUGGCCUUCUUUGUGGGACAACUUUUGCUGUUGUUGAGCGGAGUUGCUUCUGCGGAUUUACGACGAGGUGGUGAUAUGGGUCGACGAGCGAGCGGAGACGCCGUGGAAGAUCUCCGUGACACUGUUGAGUGUAAGGUUGCACCGGACCCGGAAACAGCAGCGACGUCGCUGGCUCCGGUGAUACUGUCUAGUACGAAACUCACGACAACCUUGCACUGUGUUGCAAAAGGCAGCACGAUGAUACCGACUGCCCCCGAGAAAGUAUGUGUCACCAAGCAAAACGCAACAGUCAAAGAAUGUGCAACAACCAGCGACGAUGACAACAAACACGCUGUUGCGUUGAAAGAACUCUUAGGGGAAACGAGCGAAGCCAGAUGGAUCGAGGCACAACCCGUGCCCCCAGAGACCGGCAACGCAUGGACCUUGAAACUGAAGGAAUCUGACCUGCCAUUUGCUGAUAAGUCCUUCUUUGUUGGAUGCCAGAAUUCUGGUUCUAACCAGCACUGCAGGGUUGAUGUGACAGUAAAGGCCAGACCUUCUGUUGUUGUUGACAACGUCGUCACCUGCGCAUAUGGCUCUGAGAGCAACUCUGAAACCCUGAAAGUGGAAAUAACGGAAGAAAAAAGUACACUGACUAUCGAAUGUGGAAAUGAUGGGUCCAUCGUGCCUACGUCGUACGGCACUGUUUACUGCGGAAGUGACGAUCUGACCUCCUGCGAGAAGAGCUACAGCGAUAUUCUUCCAAAUUAUGCAAAAACCUGGUGGAAGGAGGAGGGAGUGCAGCGCGAUGUUGCGACAUUGACUAUCCCGAAACAGAAUUUCCCCGCUGAGGACAAGCAGUUUUACAUCGGUUGCUCUCCCAUGUCGGUAGAGGGGGCCUCGAAGGCCUCAGGCAUUGCGAAGGGCGAGUCUGAACGCCCCGCAGUCCCAGGUGUUUCGGUGUGCAAGGUUCUAGUUACAGUGAAAGCUGCGGGUUCUAUCUCGUCUGGGGAAUCUGGGUUGCACAUUGUCGGCGGGGCUUCGGGUGCUGCGGUAUUGAUCGGACUUCUUGCUGGCUCCUUUUGA